AUGUCUUCUCAGUGCACUGUGGCGCGACAUGACUACCUCUCGUGGUGUCCAGCGCUGCUGGUGAUCGCCCUCUACGCCGGCAGUGUGCUCCUCUUCACCACCUCGAUGCUCUCCACCUCCAUUGUUAUGCGAACUGUGGCGACAGAGCCGUGUGAUGAGGCGCAGGCGCCGUCGGUAGAUCAGGUGGUGCUCAUCUUAAUCGACGCCCUGCGACCCGACUUUGUGUUGUCCUCACUGCGCCCCUUCGCCCGCAUCGGUGGACGAUGCACUGCGCACGAGGAUGCUCUAGGGCCCCAGCGCCUGGACGAAUUCGACGCCGGGCAAACACUCCAGUACGUAGAGGAGUCGUUGCGCUCCAGCGAGUCGGCGGCGUUGGCGUUCUUCCUUGUUGCCGACCCCCCCACGACGACAGCACAGCGCCUCAAGGCCAUUGCCACGGGGACGAUGCCUGCCUUUCUCGAGGCCGGCUCGAACUUCAACAGCGAGGCAGUCGAAAUGGACAGCGUCGUUGGUCAGAUGAACGGCAGCGCUGUGCUGCUGGGCGAUGACACGUGGGAGAGGCUCUUUCCUAAUACGCCUACGCGGCGCCACUGGAAGAAGGCGGUCGGCAUCCCUUCCUUUGACGUCGCUGACUUCGACACAAACGACGAUGCCGUAUUGGCGGAGGUGUACAGCGCGCUGGCGGCGGAGACUCCGGAGGCCGUGUUACGGGCCGCAGCCACUUCCCCUGCGGAGGCAGAGCAGCAGGAAGGACCCGCGCGGCUCGUGGUUGCGCACUUCCUCGGCAUCGAUCACAUCGGUCACCGCAUCAGCUCUGACAACCCCUUCAUGAAUGCCAAGAUCCUUCAGCUGGACCAGAUGCUGCGCAACAUCAGCCGCACGCUGCGGGAGCGGGCGACGUCCAUGAACACGAUGCUGCUGGUGCUGGGCGACCACGGCAUGACGAACAGCGGGGAUCACGGUGGUGACUCCGCGCAGGAGACGGACACCUUCUUGUUCGCCGAGUAUUUCCCCGGCACGCAGGCGGACGUAACGCACACGCAUCCGCCGCCGUCGGCCAGUUCUAACUUGGCGAGGGCGCAGAGGCUCAUCGAGCGGCGCUGGCGAGAUGGCGUGGACGCCGAGUUUGACCGACUUCGCAGCUGCCACGCCCGUGCUGGGGUGCCGCGCGACCGGCUUGGUGCAACGUAUCAGGUGGAUGUGACAGCCACCGUUGCGGCGCUCUUGAGAAAGCCGAUUCCAUACUCGAACCUUGGCCGUGUGAUCCCUGAGGUCGUGGUACUGGCAAACGCUUCUGCCGAUGUGGAGGCCACUGAACGGUGCAAUCUGCGCCAACUGCAACGCUACUUCAAGGAGGCGGGCUUGAGGGUGCCGCGCGACGCCUCGUGGGCGACACCGGGGAUAUCCAUCACACGCCAGCUGGCUGCCAUGAGCCACUAUGCUCGUCGCACCCGCAUGGAUAUGAGCCGCCCCGGCAUGUUCAUCGGCUCCACUGGGCUGCUGCUAUCUGCCAUGUCCCUCCUCUGGUCCCCGACCAUCCGUGCGCACUUUCUUCCCAGCAUCGGCACCGGCUGGCUCGUGCGGUGGACGACUCUCACGCUUCUGCUCCGGCUGUGCUUGGUGUUCGCGAACAGCUUUGUCGUUAACGAAGACUCGGAAGUGCUCGGACUUCUGAGCUCGCUCCUUAUGUUCUUACUGGUGCCACGCGUCUUGGCGUGGCGGGCACAGCACCGAUCGAGAGGGAUGGGCCCAUCUGCCGCCGCGGGUACGAAGCUCACCACUGCGCAGCAGUCGGUUUUUUUACGAACUCUUGACGGCACCCGCCAAAUCGCCACCGCUCUUCAGCGCGAAACGAUCUUCCUGGGCCUUCUCCUUGUCGGACUGCGACUCGGCGUGCCCACGCUGCUGCGCUACCGCGCACACAUCACACACACGGUGGACACGGAAAGCUCUGUGGACCGCGCGCUGCUGCAGCUGCCAGCUGGGCUGCGGUUUGAACAAGUAGGCAUUAUUGUCGGCGGCGUCGCGUGGUCUGCGCUCUACCCGCACCACGUGCGGCGCAUAGCUGUAGCCGCGACGUGCGCCUGUCUGAUACUUGUCUACCACGUUCCUGUAGCCCACCACGUCGUGCCGCUCCUCUGUAUUGCGGCUUACCCCCUGGCAUGGACGUGGGCGUCGCCGCUGUCGGUAUUGCAGCGCCGCGCUCGGAGUUCAGGGGCAUCGUAUGCCACCUCCUCCGGUCACGCAGCCUAUGCGUAUCUUGUCACUGUGCUUUGGCUGAGUUCCUUGUGCAACGGGAGGGUGGCGACUGCGAUCGUGGUGGCGCUGUACGGCACCAGCCUCCCGUCACUAUGCUGCGUGCUCCGCAUCGAGCCGGUACUCACCCAAGGCGUCGUGCUGCACCUCGCCGCAUUUGUCGCCUUCUUCGCUGAGGGCCACCAGUGCAUGCUCAAUACGAUCGACUGGAACUCGUCGUUUGUGGGAAUGCCCGGCUACAGCAUGUACGCGGGCGGCAUACUGGUGCUAAGUCGAACCUUUCACGCUUUCCUGCUGGUGCCCUUUGCUCUACGUGUGUGGCCUGGUGCGACUGCACACGGUAGUCUCGAUGACGCAGCCGCCGUGGCAAAAAAGCGUGAUAACCAUAUCGACGGUGCGACAACGGAGGAAGCGAAGAGAAGACAACCCGCAGCAGACUCGGUGGCACACUCGAUGCCUGCGCCGCGAGUGGCAGUCUCCGCCUCUGUUGUCAUAACCGUCUAUGCGUAUAUCAUGGUGGUGCAGUCCGCCGUCUCGUGCUUCAGCGGGUACAUUCAGAAGACACACCUCAUGCUCUUCCCCAUCUUCUGCCCCAAAUUGCUCUUCGACGGCGUCAUUGCGCUACUGACUUGCGCAGCAGCGUUGAUUGCACUUGUCGUUUCCUCCUAA